AUGCCUGGACUUAAUCUGAAGAGCGCCUCGGCCAUUGUGACAGGUGCAGGUUCUGGUAUCAACUUGGCAUUUGCGAAGAACUUGUUUGAGAAAGGGUGCAGCGUCCUCAUUGCAGACAUUGGCCUUCGACCUGAAGCGCAGGCGUUCAUUGACCCGGCCGAGCAGAAUGGUGGGCCGAAGGUCGUCUUUCAAUCAACCGAUGUCACGGACUGGUCCCAGUUACAAAAAGCCUUCGACGUUGCGAAGGAGAAUUUUGGAAACGUGCCUGACCUAGUGUGUCCUGGAGCAGGGAUUUAUGAACCUGUUCGGCAUCGGCAGCCAAGGUUAGAAUUCUGGGGGGAUGUCGACUCGCCGUCUCACUACAAGAUAAUCGACAUCAACUUAAUUCAUCCAAUCAAGAUGACCCGGAUCGCCAUCCGGGAAAUGCUACGAGCGAAAAAGGUCGGAACCAUCCUCCAUAUUGCGAGUGUGGCGGCAGAGACCGUCAGUGUCAUUACUCCCCUAUAUCAGACAUCAAAGCAUGGCAUCGAUAGUUUUGUCAUGGGUAUGGGUCCUCUUGAAGGGCUUUACGGGAUCCGAGUUCUCGGAGUUGCCCCAGGUUCCAUUAAAACUCCUCUUUUGUUAGAAGAUCCGAACGUCUCGGGCUGGCUCGAUCCAAAGAAGGACAAGAUGCUUGAUCCCAGUGUGGUCGCUCGCGCCCUGGUUGCUUUGGCCGAGAACGCAAAUAACCGAUAUCCGGCUGGCACACUACAGGAGGUGACAGAAGUAUCCGAGGAGAGUUGGCGGAGCAUUCCUCUCUACAACAAUCCUGGUCCGCCGCACAUGAAUUUGAUCAGCAACAAAGAUAGUGCUAUCGACACCAUUCAGGAGAUACUGAAGGGCGUCGUUGAACAAUCAUGA